AUGGCUUCUCAAACCCAUCAGCUGUGGCUACUCAUGCUUGUUCUUGGUGCCGUUCGGCUCGUCGAUGGCUACAGCUUUUACAACUGUAUUGCAGAGCCCGACUCGAACUGGAAAAGCUUCAGCUGCAAAAGCCGCAAUGUCGAUCGCAUGUCUAAUAUAGUAAAGGACCUGCCGAGAUCUGUCGUGAAUCUCACGAUCAUCUUCAAUCCACUGAGGCACAUUCCCAACAACAGCUUUGCUCAUCUACCAAACCUGGAGAACCUCAGAUUAGAUCAAAACCAGUUGAGACUCUUGGAUUCUUUGGCUUUCCAAAACUUGCAUCAACUUCAGUCUUUGAAUUUGUCCUUUAACCUCUUCUCAGAGCUCAGUGCGUCAUCGUUUGAAGACCUUCAUAACCUCACGUUCCUCUCUCUGGCCAACAACAAGUUAAAUGGCUUUCCUGAGGACAUUUUCUUUGGUAUACACAAUCUCAACACUUUACUCUUGAGAAAUAACUGUCUCACAAAUUUCUCAGAGAUUAUGAAAUCAAUAUCGCAUCUAAGGAAACUGAAAAAUCUGGACCUUUGUUCCAACAAACUGACUUCUCUCAGUCAUUCAAAUAUAUCUCUGCCUCAGUCCCUCAAUGUGUUGCAUCUGUGCAGAAAUAAUUUGCAUACUUUAGGAUGCAGUUCAUCAUUUCUCAAGUUUAUCAACGUGCUUGAUUUGUCAAACAAUUAUAGGCUACCUACCAAAGCUUUUCAGGGUGUGGAUCUGAGCCAAGUACAUAGUCUGCAUUUGAAUUCAACAAGCGUCAAAAUAGUGGAUUUUUUAAACAUCAGCAACAUCAACGCAGGUUCUGUGGACUUCUCUGGCACUGGUGUAAAGAAUUCCAGUCAUAUUAGGAAACUAUGCAGAAUACUGAAAACAAAGCUGAAAACAAUAAAACAUUUUUAUUUACGAUAUAACAGCAUUAAUAAUCUAACGAACUUCACACUCUCCCACUGUCCUAAAAUUACUGGAGUUUUAGAUUUAUCCUUCAACAAACUAAAGUCAGUAGAUUGCCUGAGCGUCAUGUAUAAUCAAUCAGGUAUUACAAAGUUUUCUGCAGAGCACAACCUUCUUACCACCCUCCCGUUCUGUAAAAACCAAAAAAACUUUCAAUUCGAAAGUUUGGAAGAACUGAGCUAUCGGUUCAAUCGCAUUCUCUCAGUCUGCAUCCAUGCGUUCAGUUUCACACCUAAUAUUAAGGUGCUGAAGCUCAACAUAAACAAUAUAGCAUUUCUCCACCUCAAAGCCCUGGCAGGUCUAAAACAACUUCAGACCCUUCGACUGGACAAUAACCUCUUGACUGAUUUGUUCAAGGAAACAUUUGAAACAAAUGUCAAUCUGCAAAUUCUUAGUCUGCGCAAUAACCGCAUUUCUGUCAUAUUUAGUGGAACCUUUCACAAGUUAAACAAUCUAAAUACACUGGACCUUGGAGGGAAUAAGAUCACCCAUUUUCAGCAGAAUGGCCUCAAUGGGCUAAAAAGUUUGUCUAAAUUAUACCUAGAUGGGAACAACCUAAAACAGAUCGAGUCUUCAUUCUUUUAUGCUUUCCAAGAUACGCUCACAGUGCUGGAUUUAGCAAGCAAUCAGAUCCGCUUCCUUAAAGAAGAUAAUAUUUCACCAUUUGUAAACCUCAGCAGACUCUCAGAUCUGAAACUGAGUGGGCAGCGCAAUCAUGGUCUCGCGCUUUUACCUCGCACUUUAUUCCGAGGCCUCCACUCACUGGAAUCUCUGUAUCUCACCAACAAUAACAUUAACUAUCUUCCUCCUGAUGCAUUUGAUGAUCUGACUGGCUUAAAAUUUCUCACACUGGAUAGCUGCUGUGUUGGAGUGGCCCAGUUAGUACCGGGGGUCUUUAAAAAUCUAAGAAAUUUGACCAAAUUGGUUGUAGAAAACAUGGGAAUUCAAAACUUCUCCAAGGAGGUAUUUGGGCAUCUGACACGGUUACGCAUUCUUCAGAUCAAUCGCAACGUGAUGCAGAGCAUUCCUGUCGAUGCCUUAGAGAGUUUACCCAAACUUCACUAUCUUGACAUGCGCAAUAUUCCUCUAAGUUGCACCUGCAAGAACAAAUUCCUGCAGAAUUAUACAUUAAAGAACCCAAAUGUUCAGGUGGUCUACCUCUACAAACUGACAUGCCAAAACAAUCAAAUGGUCAAAUUUUAUAACUUUGAUACCAAAGUUUGUUAUAUAGAUCUAGGAAAGUACAUGUUUACCAGCACUGCAGCUGCAGUCUUCCUGUUUGCAAUCAUUCCUUUACUUUAUGUCAAACUCUAUUGGAAAAUUAAGUACAGCUACUACGUCUUCCGCUCCUGGUUUAGUGAGCAUUGGAACAGACUCAGAGAGAAAGAGGAGAACUCCAAAUAUGAUGCUUUUAUCUCUUAUAACUUUUCUGAUGAACAAUGGGUUAUGAAUGAGUUACUACCGAACCUGGAGGGAAAUGGAUCUUUCUUGAAACUCUGCCUGCAUCACAGGGAUUUUGAGUUGGGCCGCAACAUUGUGGACAAUAUUGUCACCGCUGUAUACAGCAGCCGUAAAACAAUCUGUGUGGUGAGCAGAAACUUCCUACAAAGUGAGUGGUGCUCUCUGGAAAUUCAACUGGCCAGUUACAGACUCUUCGAUGAGCACAGAGACGUUCUCCUGCUCGUGUUUUUGGAGCCAAUCUCCGAGAGGCAGCUGUCGUCUUAUCAUCGCAUGAGGAAAGUGAUGCUAAAAAAGACUUAUCUGCAGUGGCCUGGCUCAGACUGUAAUAAUCCCCUGCAGGCCCAGGAGCUGUUCUGGAAUCAGCUCAGAAGGGCAAUAAAAACAGGGAGCAAACUGGGAACAGAGCAAGAUGACAAAAACAAAGACUCUGUUUCAGAAGGAAAAGAAAUGGAACAUUUUGACAAUCACUUAACAGAUAAAAGCUAUCUUUUGCACCCAUAA